AUGGACUUCCCGAGGGGCGCAAACACCAACAUACAUCUCAUUGACGGAUUCUCUAAUGUUUACUGGAGAAUAUACACAGAAGAGGUUGGUAUUACAAAUAAUCCUCAGGAAGGCCCCGCCAAUGGCUACACCAUUCUCAAACACUUGAGUCGCCUCAAAGAUCUCGAGGCUCGUCUGAGAAAUUUAGAUUGUUUGGCAUCUUGCCCGAGGCGUCUGGGUCUUUGGGUGUUCUCCCCCACUCCCGAUUUCGAAAGUCUGAAACCCCUGUAUGUGAGGGGAAGUGACCCGGAAUCUAAUAAAAUCACAAUCGGCACCACGACACUGAAAGUCUCUGCUUCAGGCAGUGUCACCUCGUUAGACUUGGUAAAAGGUCUGUCAUCUGACAACCAGAGUCAGCACGCUACCCAAUCUAGUGGUCAGCCGCGUCCACAGCAGGGUCAGCCAUCAUCUCGACGUCAAGACAGCUAUAGCAGCUCGGCGGCCAUUUACGCUUCAUUUAUCUCCGCGGUGACUGGAGCGAUUAGCCUGCAGUUGAUUCGACACCAUGGUGCUUUACCGCUCGGAUCACGCACUCUCUUCACGGCGGUGGAGAAAUCGGGCUAUGAGGUUCCCCACAUCAACAAUGACAGCCCUCUCUCCACUUCAUGCCUAACAACGCUUAAUGUUCAGCUGACCAUGGCUGGAACAAUCACCGUUUCUGCACAAACUAUAUCCCAGACGGGCAUCUUGCGGCUGUGUAAUCCAAGAGACAAUAUCAGUCAUACUCCUAUCGCAAAACCAGGUGCCGACGUAUGGCUAUGUCCCAAUGGGACAAUUGCUAGACUUGUCACCGCCAAUGUUGAUUCUUCAAACACCCUUUCGCCGGAUAAUCCCUUGCCGGCGGUUCAUUCUGCAAAACAAACACAAUGGAAAUCAGAUGUUUUGCAGUGGCUUCAAAAUUUUGGUCUGGGUGUCGGGGCAGCUGACCAAGAACCUUGGGUGGAGGUGGAAGUUUGGGAGCCAUUUUUCGCGAGACUUGCUGGGGAAGCAUGGCGACAAAGUGAUGAUAAUCCAUCCAUGCUUCCCUUGAAGCGUAUGCUAUGGCCAGCGAGGUUUUGCUUCAGAAGGGCUAGCUCAUCAAAAUCCUCCUCGUGGGCGCAGACUUCUCUUCUUGACGAACCCUUAGAUUUUGCGGAACAAUGGCCCACUUUGGCCGGCUCUCUCAACCUAGACGUUGCUGCCAAUCUUCAAAACACCCCUACUGCCCACGAAGCCCAGCCCAGGGAUCUCGAAAGGGCACCCUCUCCCAAAGUCGAACCCAGCGAAAUCAUAGAGAGUCUAUCCCGGAUUGCGCAAUACCCCGAUCUACAAUCUACCAACCUGGUGUAUCCGACUCCGCCAGAUGGAGCUGUCGCAGUCGGACCGAGUGUUACAAACACAUCUGAGGCGUUUGUCGAUGCUCCCGAUUUCGGUAUUUCUCGCGGCCAACAACAAUCUUCCAGAAGAAAUCUUGCGGAUGCCGAUUCAUCACCCAUCCAAAACAAUGGCAUAGGGGUAGGUACUGGCCGAUAUGACGAAAGUGAUGAGGAAGAUCUCUUUGGUGAAAUAAACGGGAAAGACUUCGGGUCGAAAGGCAUCACUGAUGCGGAUUUCAGUUUCUUCGAUGAACCAGAUUUUGAUGGCAUGGGCGGCAAUGACCAACCAGAAGAUUUUGAGCAGGCUCUCCAACCAUCGCCCGUUCAGAGCUACAUGGAACCCGAUGCCAUGGUUGAUGAACCUCAAUCUCCCAAUCUUCUUCUAGGGCCCAGCAUGUCUCAAGAGGAACAAACUUCUUCGGCAUGCGAAGAGCCGACUGACUCGCCCGAGCAACUCAAGCUUCCCAAUGAACUCACUCAAUCGCCCAUAGAUGGUGCAGCGCAAACACUUAGUCCACCCUUGAGCCCAGUCGAAGUGAAGAAAAUACUUUUCGACGGCACCCAGCAAGCGGGUCAUAUUCAGCCUACCGACCGUCGAGGCCAAGGGCAUUACCUUCCGGUUACCUUUGAAAACAGACUUGGAAAUUGGGACCAGAAGUAUGGAGCAACCGGCAAAUUCUGGUUCUCUGCGGAGCAUCCGUCAGAGGACAGUGGUCAAAGUUCUGCUAUACCUACGAUUGGCCUCCCUCGCCGCGCUAGAGGUAUUGCCAAUGGAUCUAUCGCGAAAGAUCGCAGUGCUAUGAGCACGUCUGUGGCGAAGAUCGAGCAGGAUCUUCGAUCAACGUCUGUCAGCAGUGAUGAUAGUGAUGACAGUGACGAUGACAGUGUCGAGAUUGCUUCGGAACCCGCUCCAACACCGAAGACUAUACCCACUAUACCCUCUUUGAAGCGUAAGCGAGCUCCCUCAGAGCCUGACACGCUAUCAAUCGCAUCACCUACAAAGUCAUUGGCUGGAACCGAUGCGAACUUCCCGAGUGCUACAGAAAACUCUACUUUCCUGGGCAAUUUUCUUGCCAACUUUUCUGAUUGGACCUUCACGGGAUACUUUUCGGCAUCCACGCCACAGCAGCACCCGGUGCUCCUUCGACGCGAACAUCAGCUUCAAGUUGCGCAACUGCUAGUUGAUCAGAUCACACAGUCAUCUCUGAAACACUCGCUUGAUGGCCACAUAGGCUUGUUUGAUCUCGAAAGCCAAUAUUUCUCGCUACAGCCCCUCGAGGACAUAGAUCUCCCAGGCGAUGCUUCCAAGUUGGACUUGAAGAAGUAUACAUCUUUGCAAGACGAGCUUUUCACCAGCCCAGCCCAACAGCCACAGUCGCAAGCUCAACCCUCACCCAAAGACUUUCCCAAAAGUCUCGUUUUCAAAUUACCCGCGCCCCAUGUACGCAUUCGUCGGGGCAAGGGGUUUUUAGAAACACUUCCUCCUGCGGUAUCAUUCUGGGAGACUUUUGGUCUUGAGCCAGCCCAUGGCGCGAAGGACAUAUCUGCCUACUGCAUUCAUCCACCACUUGCCUCCAAAGCAGCGGAUGCUUUUCUAGACCGGUUCGGGCUUCUUUACAGAAGUUGCAAUCUUGGAAGUCAUACUCGAGGGGAGUGCUCCAUGGCAUUUGAGGAUGGCUUGAGGCCGUGGCAGUCUGAGUCUCCCCGCUAUGACUCCAUGAUGCAACUCGCCCAGUCCCCACCAAGUGCCGACAACUGUGUAAUCUACAUCAUCAACCCAUUCAAGCAUGCUGCCGCGCUGGCUGACAUCUGCUCCGCUUUCUGGCAUCUUUUCCAGCAACUGCUCGCUGGUUCCGAACGUCGGCAAGCUCGGCCUGUCAACGAACUAGUGUUGCAAAUCAUCCCCCUAGAGUUUGUCAUGUCAAGUGAAACCAUGAUUGUGCCUCCUCAGUCGGAUUAUCUGAAUUUGGCGCUAGAGGUCUAUGGUCGAUGCCGUCCGAUGGAUGUCGACACGAAUCCUCUACUCUGCGCACCGCCAAUACUACUGGCCGACCCUUUACCAACGGGCAUCAGCUUCCGACUAGCUUCCGAGCGAGCCUCACCCUUGAAGGAUGGACGUAGUCUUCAUAUUGCCUGUUCCAAAAGUCUCGAUCAGCGCUGGAUAUCGGUCGCAUGGUCUGAUGUGCCUGGUUCCAUUCAGAGGACAAUGUCUUACUGUCUGAGAUACCGCCAAUCGGGUAGUAGCCGGCCAAUUUCCGAAAUACGACAGGAGAUCUGGACUACGACGAAACAUAUCAUGGAUAAGCUUCAAGCACGAUGGAAAAUACAAUUGGUGACCACUGAGCCAAUGGAGCCCGAUGAGGUUGAAGGCUGGGCGAAUCUCGCAGAGCAACACAACAAGCUGCAACCAGGGACGUUAGAACUGACCAUACUCGCUGUCAACGUUAUUCCUGACUUGAUACUUGAGCCCCCAUGUCCGUCAGUCUCGAUGUCGAUGCUUAAUUCACUUUCCUCCUCUACACCCGUUACCACCCCGAAUCCAAGCACCAGCAUCGCAUCUCCCGAACAAUAUGGGAACGCAGCAACGCCAACCAGCACUGGCCCUGUUGCCUACAGCGCUCCUACCCCCACAGACAUGUCACUCGAUACCGAUCCUGAAGCUGUUCUCAUCGACAUAUGCGACGACCAUCUUGUCUCACCGUCUCAACAGUUCCCCCAUCUCACAGAAUUCCGACCUGCCUUGUCGAGCGGGUAUCUCCUCCGCCGCAAAGGCACCACAGACAGCGAUGGCGUCUUUGCCAUGGCUGUCAAUCUCAUAUAUUCUCCUCGUCCUGCCUCAUCACACGAUGAUGUCCUGAAGAAAACAUUGUGCAUGUAUCGAGACAUGAGUUGCCUUGCUCGGGCCAAGGGCACAUGCAGCGUGCAAAACAACACGCUGCCCUGGCACAUUGUCACGGCUCUCCGUGCACAAGAGCUACUGAGUUAUGUUUUUUGA